UGGGAAACAAAGAGGAGUAAAUGUACAGUUAAACUAGAUUAAUUCAUUACAGAGCCCGUUUUUCCUUCUUUUUUUUUUUCUCCCAGCUUUGCCUGUUGACAGUCUGCCACAUUCCCCAGCAGCCAGGAGCAGUAAAUAAUUAUCUAUUUUUAUAUAUAGAUAUAUAUAUAUAAUAAUAUAAUCAAGAUUUACUAACAAAGCAUACAAUUUGUGAUAUUGCACUGAGGUUAUAUAUAUAUAUAUAUAACAGAAGUGGUGCCUUUUUUAAUCGAGGAGGAGAAGAUCAAAGAGGAGGAAGGGACCCCCCUCCACCCCUCCACCACCACCUCCUUUUUUAUUUUUUGUUGCUGGAGUUAUCCCACUUCUUCUUCCUCAUGAACAUACAGAGGUCAAAUCCAAUUAACAUUUCACGUUAUGGGAGGUCGAGGCACAAAUCGCACGAUUUCGAAGAGUUGUCUUGCCUGAGGACUACAGAGUCGCACCAGAGCUUCAGCCCCAACCUCGGGUCCCCCAGCCCGCCGGAGACCCCGGACUCCUCGCACUGUAUCUCCCGCAUCGGGGACUACCUUUUGUUGGAGCCGCUGGAGGGAGACCACGUUUUCAGAGCCGCCCACCUGCACAGCGGGGAAGAGCUCGUAUGUAAGGUUUUUGACAUUGGCCGAUACCAGGAGUCACUGGCGGCCUACUUUGCCCUGGGUCAGCACCAGCACAUCAACCAAAUCCUGGAGAUCUUGCUCGGGGAGACCAGGGCCUACGUGUUCUUUGAGAGGAGCUAUGGCGACAUGCACUCCUUCGUCCGCACCUGUAAGAAGUUGCGGGAGGACGAAGCUGCCAGACUCUUCUAUCAGAUAGCCUCGGCCGUGGCACAUUGCCACGACAACGGACUGGUCCUCCGCGACCUCAAACUGAGGAAGUUUGUCUUCAAGAACGAGGACAGAAGCCUCGUGAAGCUGGAGAGCCUCGAGGACACUUACAUCCUGGACGGUCACGAUGACUCCCUGUCAGACAAACAUGGCUGCCCGGCCUACGUCAGUCCCGAGAUCCUCAAUGCCAACGGCAGCUAUUCGGGAAAGGCAGCAGACGUGUGGAGUCUGGGCGUCAUGCUUUACACCAUCCUCGUGGGCCGCUACCCUUUCCACGACGUGGAACCCGGCUCUCUGUUCAGCAAGAUCCGCAGGGGCCACUUCAACAUCCCCGAGACGCUCACACCCAAGGCCAAGUGCCUGAUCCGCUCCGUCCUCCGGCGGGAGCCCGCGGAGCGCCUCACCUCUCGGGAGAUCCUGUCGCACCCCUGGUUCGCCUCCUCCGGAGCACUAGGGGGCACCGUGGCGCACGGCAGAGGAGAACGGGAUCAGGAGCAGAUGGUGCCUGAUGUGAACAUGGAGGAGGAGCUGGAGCAGUUCUUCAGCUGAGCAAACACACACACACACACACACACACACACACAAGCACAACAAAAAAAAAAAAAAACGGACGACUCCGCCACGGUCGGCUCGCCGCGCUCACAGCAGAGCCGAAAACAGUAGUUUAGAGAUUAAAUAGGUGAACAUUUGUCUCAUAAUAAAGGUGUUUCCAUCCUGUUUCCUUUUUCCACCAUUUCAUGGAAAACCUUGAGCCUGGCAUGACAAAUGGCAUCUAGACGUCAACCUGGCGAUGCAGCUCCCGCUCGGGGACGUUGCCGCCAGACAUGCAAGUUGCAAACAAUGUAGCAAAUGUUGUUUUUUUUUUUUUUUUUUGUUUUUUUUGGGAUCUGUUUUGGUUUUACGUGGUGAGCAUAAAAAGUAGACACAUUCACCAUUUUUGACACUAUGGAAAGCAUGAAGGGACAAAAUACCACAGGAAACCAAGGAGAACAAUACUGACAAAGUGCAACACCACACCUUUUCUUACAGAUUAUGUUUUUUUUUUUGUUUUUUUGUUAUAGCUUUAGGUGGUAUACAUUUUAACCACAGACCCAGGGUCAGGAAUAACAACCCCCCAGUUCUAUUGUUGAUACAAUCAUCCCUGACCUGGGACCAUUGGGUAAUAAAUGGAGCAGCUUAGGCUUUUUUUCUCAUCAUCAACAUGGUUUUGCGUCGUCUUUGUUUCAUCGUUAAGUUUCGUUUUGUCGUCUCGUUACUUUCUCACGUAGUCACUUAACUCAUUGACAGCCUUGUCUUCAGUCGUCUGUAUGAUUCGACCCUCUCAGUCUCUUUAACUUUUACCACACAUCAUUCACCACCUCACUUUUUUUUUUUUUUUUUUUAAGCUAUUCCACAGUGUUGCUACUGCUGCUUUAACAUCACUCCCUAAACCUCAACCGUGAACAGUUGUUUUCUUCAGUAAGCCUCCAAACAUGGCAUCAGGCACUUGAUGUGUUGGAUGAAUGGACAAUUCCACCUCUUAAAAUUUAGCUUCCUCUUAUUUAAAUUCAUUCUUCAGUUGUAGGAACGAGAACGUAACAUUUAUUUAAAUUGUAACAGCUAUAUAUAUAUAUAUAUAUAUAUUAUAUAUAUAAAUAAAUAUAAAUAUAUAUAUUUAAAACUACAUUGCAGGGUUUUUCUUUAUUCAGAGACUCCUUUUUCAUGUAUGAUGUAGGCAAUAUCUUGACACAGGACAGACUCAGAGAGGAAAAUGUCUGUCUGAAGUUUUUUGGAAUACACAAUAUCUUCUGUGCCAGUAUUCCGGUUCCCCCCGACAAGCCCACGCCACCCGAUCUCCCUCAUUUCCUUUAAAAAAUAAAACUUGAUACGAGAUAUUCGGUGAUAGUAUUGCUACGACAUGUUCACUCCGGGACCCCCGUGUUAGUUUUCUACUGCCUGCGUAGGUUCUGUGAAACGGUCCUGCUCGGAGUGGGUACCAGUGGACAUGUUUUGUCGUAUCUCAAUGUUACUUGAAUUUGUGUUUUUAUCUAGUCAUUGGCAUGUGCCCCAUGAAUGCUAUAGCCUGCCUAGCAGGGCGGG